AAAAUGCUGAAGUGGACCGUGUCGCGUUCACUGUCGACGGCAAGCUCGACCCCCCACGGCCCGAGUAAAACGGCAACGCGAAGGCCAUUUCGAGAUCUAUCCAAUACGCCACCAGCCUCGUCGGGUUCAUCGAAGAUCGCCGUAUCAUCGUCGGCCUCGGCCUCGACGACAAAGCGUACACCGUCGAAAAAAAGACGCUGCCGAAGUCAAGGCAGCGACCUCAGGGGAUACUUUCAGGCGACCAAGCCAAACCUUCGCUCGGGCAAACGUCAGUCGAUGUCGCAGCGUACCUCGUCGCCCGUAAUCGAGAGCUUCUACCAAAGCACGCCACGAGUCGACGCGGACAUCGGCCCGCUAACCCUAUUCGCACAUCCGACCAGCAGCAAUCGUCGGCAUGAUCGCUGCCAGGCGCGCAACUCGAGCACCAGUCUGACGCUGCCGGCCGAUCCGCAAGUCUUCAAGAAAACUUACCUGAGCAACAGCGAGUUGCCGCAGAAUCUGGUGAACGAGGCGCGAGCCAACAAUUUACAGUCGCACGUCUCGGAUUUCUUUCAACAGAUAGCCAUGGCAACCAGUCCCGAGGACGUGAUGCAGUCGGACUCGCUGUCCAAUCGGCGAAGAUACGCUAGCGCGCGCGAGCACGGCAGCCACGCGUCUUGCUUGCCUAGGCUCGCCCGGAUAACGAAACUGAACGCGAGAAACAAGACGCCUUAUCGCACGAUAACCAUCGGCGAUGAGAGAAGGCGGAGGAGCGGCGGGGACGAUAUCAGGCAGACGCCGAUCGCCGGCAAACUGCUCAGUCUGAAACUUGAUCAGCCGAUGUACGAGAACACGGAUAACACCGUGACGGAGGUGCUUAACAGCGAGCAAGCGACGAGCGCGGGCGUGAGAAGCGUGGCGGAGAUCUUGUUAAAAGACUCGGCCGAGCCGAGCAGUCCGUCCAGUCCACAAGCAACCAAAGAAUCAAGCGAAGCCGAGGAGCAGCACGCCGACGAGGCCGCAGACUCGCCGCUGGACGUCGCCAAGGCUGCACACAACGACAGCAGCGUCUCGUCGGCGAGCCAGUUACUGGAGAACCCGUCGCCGAUAUCGUGGGCAUUCUGCUCGCCGUCCUCGGAUUUGGAUAACGGCGAGUUCACGCUGAAGCGUCAGCGUGGUAUCAGACGCAAGCGAGUCCCGAGAAACAACGACAACAACCUCGACGCCAGCAGCAAGAGGCCCAAGAAGGACAAGAUGCCGUUGAUCGAGGCUGUCAAUCGACACGUCAAGAGGCUCGCGCUCGAGACUGAUCUGGAUAGCUUGAACCUCGUCGACGACGAGAAUCCAGCUAAGCUGCGGGAACACCAGACGGCGGAGAAGAGGAAAGAGGAGAUGGAGAUCGAGGACGAGGGGGAGGAGGACGGCGUCGCGACGCGUAAAGCUCUCGCCAAGAGUCAAUCUAAGUCAAAUGCCACGCAGCGGCACAACACAACGAGGCACAACGACACGACGAUAUCGCAAGACCAGCCAUCGGAUUCGCAGCUGCCGAAUAACAAACGCAAGGAUACGUCGUCGAGGCCGAACGCGGGUUGGGAGACUGACAGUCCACGCUCGUCACUGUUGGAUUCGUUCGCGACCACGACGACCACGGCGACGUGCACACCAGAGUCGACGCCCUUGGUCGCGACGGUGCGCCGUUGCUUGAAGUACAGUCCCGAAACGCCAAACAGCAACAAUUCCGGUGGUAUCGCGAACAGAGGCUCGAUCGAGAUCGAAUGCCAACUUCGCGACGAGGAGUUCCACGUGAAAAUAAUAAGGUGCCGAGAUCUGCGUCGCGCGUACGAGGGUCCGAUCCACGCCUACGUGAAGGCGUCAUUGAGAGAGCGCCAGAGCGGCGAGAGCGGUCCAGUUAAAAGAACUGCGGUACAUCGUGCAACGCCAGCGCCUGCAUUCCACGAGACGCUCGUGCUGCCCUGUCCGCCGGCACACAAUAACAAUUACGCGGCAAGGCAAUUAUCGCUUGACAUCGCCGUCUGGCAUCGGGAUCGCAGAGCGAGGCGCAGCGAACUGCUGGGCUGCAUGACUCUGCCGCUGCCGCUGUCGCAGGACAAGGAAGCGACAUGGCACCCUCUGGAAGCGGGCACGGGACGAGCGACCUCGUCGAUCUACGGUCUGCAGCACCAGGAUUCACUGAGCGCUGGCCGUGGCUCGCUAGUCGCGUCACCACCGCUCUCCAAAGACGGUGACUCUCUAAGCGGCGGCGACAACAACAACAGCGCCGAAGAUCUGACCUACCUUCGGCAUCUCGAGCUCGAACCCGUAGACUCGCUGACUGGCCUGCCUCUGCAUCCAGGCUUCACUGCGCGCGGAGGUAGGACACCUUGUACCGUCACCAGGCGACUUGUGCGUCAGGCUGCUCAAAUUAAUCAGUUGCCAUGGGGAUUCCUACUGUCGUGGGGUCGACCGCCACGAGUCGAGCGCAUAGAUCCAGGCAGUCCAGCAGAACGCUCGGGGCUGCGGCCAGGCGAUUACGUGGUGUUCGUCGAGUCGACGAACGUCGUGACUCAGACUCGCGACGACAUCCUCGAGCUCAUUCGAGCUGCCACAACGCAGCUGAUCCUGGAGGUUUAUCGACGCGGCGUUCAUGGGCACGCCAUUGUCACGACCGGUGGUACUUCCGCGGCAGCGCGACGCCGUAGCUCGCUGAACGUCACUUUACAGACACCCGCGGUGGGUGUCAUCGCACCGCCACCUGCCAUCGCUUUCACCGCCGAGGCCUUUCCGAAUCUGGCAGCGGACGCGCCGCCAGAAGAGGAGCUCGGCAUACGCGAAACGCGCUACUGGCAGUGCUUGAAAAGCGGCCAAGCGCGUUUCGUAGCGCCGCUGGCGGAACGUCAGGAAAUCCUGUCGUCCACGGAUCACCUGAUACUCUUUCAAAAUUUGGACGAACUGCUGAAAUUGUCGGAGGAGAUCCGCGACGACGGGGCCGGUAUCGACAGUUAUCUGAGCCGCGUGCCGCGCAUAACGGCCGCCUACCGCAGGUACCUCGGCGGUCUGCAAAGGGCGUGCUGUCUGUUGGUGGCGCUCCGGAAGAACUCGUCCUUCGCCAAAAUCGUCUGCGAGCCGGCGGUGCCAAGGAGACGCAAGCCCGACUUGACGGGCGUCCUCAUACAGCCGCUCGAGCAUUACAGAGAAAUGACGAGGCUGCUGAGCCAGGCGUGUCCCCGGAGCUGCCAGCCAGUGCGCGACCUGGCGCAAGGUUACAGAGAGUCGACGGCGAGUGCCGGGGUGAUGGAACCGCUCCGCGACAACGGUCGACCGUUGCUCAGCUUGCAGGAGGUCGAGUCGCGGCUGGUAUUCGCUCGCUGUAAGCCCUUCGCUCUUGCCGUCCCCGGUAGACAAUGGUUAUUCGGCGGUGCGCUGUCCAAGGUCGAAGGCCGUGGCAGGUCGCAGCCGACCUGGGCGCUACUACUGACGGACCUGCUGGUAUUCGCGCGUGUCUCGCGUGAUCGGGUGCUCUUCGUCACCGAGGAACCCUUGAGACUCGCCUGCAUCGCCGAGGCCUGCUUUACCGUACGCAAACGCCCCACGGAAUUCCGGUUGCAGGUCACCACUCAGAAAAACAAUCCUCAGCCAAGUGCCCCGAGCGAAAAUCCUUCGGCCUCAACGGAACUGGUACAGUGUGCGGGAACUGGCGGUGGUAGUGGAGGCUGCAGUCCGCACAGUCGAACGAGACGGAGGCUAAUUAUUUUACGUGCGCCCAGUGCCGAGCUCAAGGCCGUUUGGCACAACCUGCUCCAGAGACAAAUAAUCUACGUGAACACUGGCUAUGGGGGUUCAGCUGGUUCGGCCCUUGAGAGUCCCGACGAUGACAGCCCCAAGGAUGAAUAUUUAUCGCCACACAGUGUCGUACAACGAGAACGUACCGGAAGCUCGGAGGUUUAUAGGUCGACGCAGCAGCUCGAAGACGACCAUCAUCAUCGCCAGCAACGUGCAAACGAAGACAGUCUCGAUCAGAUGCUUCGCGGCUCGAGUCAGCAAGGUGACAUUAUACACUUGGCACAGUGGGUCUGCAAUUCGCAUCAGAUACCACCACCCGAUCUGCAUGAGGCUAUCAUCGAGGAAUGGACGGCCGAAGAAUUAGCCGCUAGGACGCCUAGUAAAGCCAGUGGAAAUGAUUUUUUCGAAGGAGCUGAGGAAAGUACGGUUGUCAAUUCGGAUGCGGAGCAGCAAAGCUCGGCGUCGAGUGCGAGCUUGAGCACAGUCAAGUCGAACAGCCUGCCGCCGAAGAAAAACGGUAGUGGCGUGUCGUCGAGAGAAACGUCGUCGGGCUCGAUAAACAUCUGCAGAAAGUGCCACAGUAAUGUACGUCGCAGGUCAGGUUGUCCAACACCACCCCCAAUAAGGGAUCCGUUCUCGCCGUUACCACCGAGAAUCUCAGUUGUACCACCCACUCCGGAUCUUUGCUCGAAACAUCGAAGUAUCAGCGUUGCGGCUGCAUUCCGUAAUGGCCUACACGAUAGUCCAGCGCAUAGUUAUUCCGCAGAUGGGACUACGGAGGAUGGUAGUGAAGAUGAUCUAGACUGCGACGGCGAGCUACCUUACAGAAACCCCUUCCCGGUGCGCAGAGCCCUGCGACGUUUCGGUACACUGAGCAGUCUGGAUCAAGACGACGAGUUAGAGGAUCAAACAACCGGUGGCGAAGACGAAGGUCCAGAAUCACCACCGUCGGGUCUUCGUGCAUGGACGCUGCGCGCGAGUAGUUACGUCGUCAGCAAGAUGUCGAUAUUCGAACACCUAACACCACCCGCACCACCCGAACGAACCGAUUCGUCGAAUCUUGAAGCUCCUGGAAGUAACGGCGAUGAAGAAGGCACGACAUCCGGUGGCACAUCGGAAAACGAUAUAUGGGGGACACCUACAUCUGGAGGUCCUGACGAUGAGAGCUUCGCGGGUAGCCCGCCGCCGAUGUCGAACGGGCCGCUGCACCGGGUCGCCGGCGAGGACAACUACGGGCUGGACGACGAGGGCGACGAGGACGACAACGAGCCCGACAACUCCGGGGACAACGACGACUGCGGCCUACCCGAGCUGACGAUGGAGCAGCUCCUCGGCGGCGCGACGAUCACCACGAGCUCGGUGGGCGUCAACUCGAUGCGAUCCUUCUUGGGACGACGCCGCCUGGAGCCUUUGCCCGAGGAGGAUGACUCCAUAUCCACGGGCAGCGGAGUGAGCAGUGGCGGUGGUGCCGGCGGCGGCGGCGGCGGCGCCGGCAAGAUGAGCGCGGGGCAAGGUUGGUGGUGACAG